GGUAUUUUCGUAAUAAUACAGAAAUAAGUUCCCAGCCGCCUUCCGCCUAUUCCUCGCUCUACCAGCGACUUCUCCCUGCCAUCGCGUUCUCCUCGAAGUCGUUGCUUCUCCCUCUCUUCCCCGAGAGAGAGCGGCCCGGGAAGAGAAAGCAAACCAUAACCCUAACCCUAACCCCUUCCCUCAUCCUCCACCACAUCCAUCUCCUCGAGCCCUCGCAGAACUCACCUCUCCAGCAACUCUUCCAAUUCCUUUCUUCCUUCGCUGCUUCAAAUCUCGCAUCAACGGUGAUGGAAUCCCUUUAGGCUCGAGGCACGCCUCGCCUGUCUCGUUCUUCUACUCUCUACCAGUGCAUCCAAUCCUCCUUGCUCUCUUCAAUUUCGCAGUUAUGGCGAUCCGCGUCACCAUCUCCUGCUCGGGCUAUCUAGCCCAGAGCUUUGCCUCCUCCGCCGGCAUCCGUUGCGGCCACUUUCGCCGCAUCCACGAGGCCGCCGGUAGAUCCCUCUCGCUAUUCUCUAACCCGCGAUCAGAUGCCGAUGCGUAUGAUCCCGGCGGCAGCGGCGAUUUCUCUUCUAGAAAUUUGUCCAGAACACUGGCUUCUUGCGUCUCAUCAUCUGUUGCUUGGUUAUCUCCUUUGGCGAAGGCUCAGAUUUCUGGUUUCUCGGCGUCCUUAAAACCUCCCGGAGCAGCGGCCGCCUCCAAGUUCUCGUCGUUGUCCAGCAGCGUUCGGACGAACUCUUCAGCUGCCUUUGCUGAGGAGUCCUUGAAACCUCUAGUGGCCGCCGCCUCUUCUAAGUUUCCGGUCCUCCCUUCUGAUUGUUACGCCGGGGAGGGCUCUCGUGGAUUUCCUCCUUUCUGGGGAUUGCUGUCCGCCAUGGCUACUGGCUCGGGUUCGGCCCCUGGUUUAGGGGAUUUUUUUGUUUCUUCUUCGAUGAGUUUGGGUUUCAAACCCUCCUCGUUGCUCCCCUUUCUGCAGGUGAGUAAGUGGCUCCCUUGCAGCGAGUACUUCCCUUGCUCAGCGAGAAGUUCCCCGCCGGAUAAAGGAGGAACUGCAGCUGUUGAGCUGAGUGUACUGACUGAUGAGUGUUUUAAUUCCAGUGGAGGUUCGGUAAAGAGCGGGUUUAGAAAUCCUGAAACGAAGGCCCCUGUUCCUGGUUCGUUGAAGAACCUUCCUAGUGCUUCCAUGGGUUGCUUGAAGAAUGUGACUGGAAAAACUAAAACAAAGGGUUUGGCUGAGGGUGUUGGAAAGCAUGCUAGUGAGAAUGAUUGUUGGCUGUCACGGUGGACGAGUUCGUGUUCUGAUGACGCGAAGGCUGUCUUUGCUGCUGUAACUGUUCCUUUGCUGUAUGGCUCCCGUUUGGCUGAGCCAAGAUCAAUUCUUUCAUUGUCAAUGUAUCCAACCUUUGAAGUUGGAGACCGGAUUUUGGCUGAAAAGGUUUCUUAUUUUUUCAAGGAACCAGAAGUUACUGACAUUGUUAUUUUCAGGACUCCACCAGUUCUUGUGGAACGUGGUUACAGCCCUCGUGAUGUCUUCAUCAAAAGAGUUGUAGCGAAGGGUGGAGAUGUUGUUGAGGUUUUUAAUGGGAAGUUGUUGGUCAAUGGUGUUGUUCAGGAGGAAGAUUUCAUCUUAGAGCCACUGAAAUAUGAAAUGGAUCCUGUGCUUGUGCCUGAAGGUUAUGUAUUUGUUCUUGGGGAUAACCGGAACAACAGUUUUGACUCCCACAAUUGGGGGGCAGUUCCUGUCAAGAAUAUAAUUGGGAGGUCUGUUCUACGAUACUGGCCACCAUCAAGAAUAUCAGGCACCAUCUAUGAACCACAUUCUAUGCAUGAUAUGGUGCUUGCCUCCUGACAAAACUCCUAUCACUGAAACUGGCCUUUUUUUUUUGCAAGAUGAACCUUCCAGGUUUUCUGUGCAUUUGGAUAAUUUCUUAAAUUGUUAUUAUUUUCUUAUACUCCGAUUGUUUUUUUUGAUAUUUGUCUUUACUGCUUUAACUAUCUGUUUCAAUGUCAAAUAAGCAUGCUUUUUGUAACCAAUGGGUUUGGUUUGGUCAUCUAAAAGUGUAAACUUUGUUUCAGAUUUCACUUGUGGAGGCAAUUAAAGCAA